AUGUCUGCAAGCCAAGCGCCCUCGAGAGUUCGUCGAAGGGUCGUGCGGGAUGUUCCCGUCGUUCGACAAUCGGGACUCAACAUCGCAGGUCGGUCAUCGACAGAUCAACUCGGGUGUCCGUCAGAGAUACCGGAGUUGAUCAAUACACCUGAACUCCCCCCUCUCAUACAUCCUCCCCCCAUUUUCUCGCAUGAUGGCUACACGUCUACUCCGCCCACUUUCCAGCACCACGUACCUCCACCGAGAGUGUCCCGUUUUACUGGGAUGGCUCCCCGCGCUGUAGGGCCCGAUCGUGUACAGCGGUCAUUCACACCCGCCGAGGGUGAUAUCGUGUCGCGAUAUCGUAUGGUCUAUACCUACUUGCCUCUUCGCGGUGCGGAGAAAUCCCGCCAAGAAUAUACAGAUGGUGUCGUCUUCCGAGACGAGACGAUGGGUGUACAAAAAACGACUAUGGGACGGUACCAACUCCCUCCCAUUAGACCCCCACGCGAGUCUGUCGUGCCGGAUUCAGAGACCACGCCAAUCGCUACCACACCUCGCCCCUCUACAUCGACAAUUGCCGCCACAGGACGUUUAAUUGAUGACACGAAAUCGAAGGAUAUCGUAAAGGAGGCGAAGACCGCUGUAAUCACGGAAUCGCUCAAUCGUUGUGCGUUCCACGAUUUGGCCAGUCGAAUGACUGUAGUCGAACAUGCGCUUACCUAUGCAUGUUCGCUCGUCAUCACCGACGAUUGUUUGAUAAAGCAAUGGGUCAACGACAACCUAUCGAAGCUCUACAAGUCCGUCGUUACACCAAUGUCGAUGGUACUUAACCGCUUCAAGCAGUCCGCACGCGACGUCGUCGAAAAUCUAUACAACCUCCAACUCUCAAUCUGGACCGACGUGAUGGUCCAGAUCAACCAUGCUAAAUCGACCGUCGAUUUUCUGACGGGGAACGACUCGAUUAAUUUUAUAUUUGGGGAUCUAAUCAGGCUAGAGGACGGUCAAACUCACCGCUAUCCGUUUGAGCACGACGCCAUCAUCCAAAUCACUACGCGCACCGCCUUUCGUGACGGUUACGAUAAAUUCAUCGAUUCGGAUACCAGCCUCGACAACAUUAUGGCGUUGUCUGCAACAGCUGCGUGUUGCACCCUCCGCGAGUUCUCAACUGAUUGAUGAAAUUUAUCAAUGAUACCAUUAGG